CCUCUCGCCUGCACCAGCCGCGAACUCUACUUCUUGACAAAGCAGACGUCACACCUCAUUCUUUUUCUCCCUAGACACAACCCCAAUCCUCGCGUUUCGCGCGUAAUCUACGGUGUUCAAAGGUGUCAUUUGCCACAAGAGCAUACAGAUACCAACCUUUUAAUCUUGGUUCUGCCGGAUUUGAGCCAAGGACAUCAAGCGACGCCAAGUCUCUCACGCGACGAAAUCGAGAGCUUCGAAUCCCGACGCGCAUCGCGAGAUUUCACUUUGCUGGUAUCCGGGGACUACCUCCGGUCCGCGCAGCCGCUUUCAGCGACUUUCAACACCCUCACCGACAUCAUGGCUAUCGAAAUAGCGAUGAACACGCCGCUGGCGGAUGCGCUUAACGCGGCCAUCCAGCCCAAGCUCGUCGAGGUUGGGUGGGGUACUGGCGGCGCCGAUGAUGGCGCUCUUACCGAAUACAUCCUACUCAUGCUCGUCAACGGCAAGAAUCAGGAUCAAAUCGCCGCCGAGCUCGCUGGUGACCUUCUCGGCCUGAGCCCUGAUGACCCUGGUGCUCGCGACUUUUCCCAAUGGUUGUUCCAACAGAUUGAAACACUGAACGCUCAAAUAAACGGACCACAAACGCAAACCGGCGACGCUGGCACUGGUGCCGAUAAUGCGAAUGCCAUGGAUGACGAUAUCAAUAUGGGCGACAUGGGCAACUCAAAUGAUGGCAGUGCCAUGCCCAACGCGCCUACUGGUCCCAAGUCGAUGCGAAGCGGCAACGGCAACAUGCGAGGUGGUCGCGACAAACGCAUGUUUGGUCAGAUGAACAAAGCGAUGGAUCGGACACACGACUCAGUCUUGCACCGGGUCCGCAACACUGGCAACGAACGCAUCAACAGCCACGGCCGCGGGGCGCCUUCAGGUCCUCGAGGAGCAAUGGGCGGUCGCGGUGGAAACCGCAUGAACAAUAAUCGGAUGGCUGGCCUCGCCGCUGGACUCAACAACAUGAACCAAGGAAUGCCUGGAAUGCCUGGAAUGCCGACUCCACAAGGCAUGAACGGCAUGGGAGACGCCAACUGGAUGAUGCAGGGCAACAGCCAGGACCAGAUCUUCAACCUGCUGCAACAGCAGAAUCAAAUGAUGGCUGCGUUGCAACAACAACUCGCUCAGACACAGCAACAGGGACGUGGCGGUCACGGGCGGUCACUGUUUGACCGGACAAACCGAGGUAGAGGACGUGGUGGGCGGCACAAUGGCGGACACGGCUCGCACCAGAGUCAAAACGGUUCCGCUUCUGGCGAAGGCGCCGAGGGCGAAGAUGUGGAGAUGGGUCAGAAGAGAGAAGUCAACCCCGAAACAUCUGUAUGCAAGUAUAAUCUUGCAUGCACCAACAGCAACUGCAAGUUCGCCCACCAGUCCCCUGCAGCACCUCCGAAUGUCACGAUCGACGUCAACGACGUGUGUUCGUUCGGAGCCGCCUGCAAAAACUUCAAGUGCGUGGGUCGCCACCCGUCGCCAGCGACGAAACGGGCACACCAGAGCGAGCAAGAAUGCAAGUUCUACCCCAACUGCUCGAACCCCAAGUGCCCUUUCAAACACCCAGACAUGCCGCCUUGCCGGAACGGUGGCGACUGCUCAGUGGAAGGCUGCAAGUUCACCCACCUGCAAACCAUGUGCAAGUUCAAGCCUUGCACAAAUCGGUAUUGCCCGUACAAGCACGAAGAGGGUCAGCGCGGCACUUUCCAGGAUAAGGUCUGGACCGCGGACGGCUCAAAAGGACAUGUGAGCAACAGGGCGUAUGUUGCAGAAGGAGGUUCGGAGGAGCUGGUGAAGCCAGAAGGUGCCCAGGCUGAGACCCAGGCUAUGGACGAGGGAAUUGCCUAGAUUGCCACGCCGUCUAGAGGGAAAUGGGGAUUCAGAGGCACCGACAAGGGUAUUAUAAGGGUCUAGGGCGAGGGAAAGCAAUUUCAUCGCAUCAUGUAUAUUAUGGUGGAAUGCCAGCUCGACCGCAGCUGAGCUCCAGGCCAUGGAGAGGGACGAGAAAAGCUAAACAACACCGGGGAGUUGUGGACGGUAUGUCGUGUAGACAUGAGCGACAUCCGGCCCGCCUCCUCAUUUCAUUAUCAAAGAUUCAGCGCACGACUUACAAUAUACCCCGUUUGCAUUUUUUUGGUGAC